AAGGGUUUAUCAAUUCUCAGUCAAGCAGCAGGCCUCCUCCUCCCCUCCUCCGCCUCCCCGCCAGUCUCGACAGCAACCACCGGCCGCCUCGCUCCUGGCCACUCGCCGCGCCACUCCGCCGCCCUCUGCCCCCUGCCGUCCUCCUUCUGUCUGCUUAUCAAUUGAAUUUUGGACCCCAUUUCGAAUUGGGAAGCCGAGCGCCCCCAAGGCCCCAACCCUAGGCAAGGGAACCCGCCGGCCGCGACGAUGCCGAGCUUCCCUCCGCCGGGCGGCGUCACCGUCUGCGAGAUCAACCGCGACCUCGUUGUGGCGGACUCCCUCUCGGAGGAACGCGCCAAGGAGGCCUACGGGGAUGUCCUGGGGAUGGUGUUCAGCCCAAUUCCUUUCCAGCCGGAUGAUCUCCUAGCGAAGCACGAGGCUCCUGCUCCAGACGAAGCUGAGCCCACUGAGUGUAUCCCCAGGACAAGUUUGGUGUCCACCAUAGCCGAGUCCUUCAAGCAAAUGCUCUUCCCUUCUUGCAAUCCAAAACUGCUAGAAGAAUUUGAUACCAAGAAAGUAAGCUGGAAUCCGCACAAACACUGUUUAGCAUUUGUAUCUGGGAAGGACCAGGUUACGGUCCAUGACUUUGAGGAUUCAGAUGGUAAAGAAUCGUGCAGUCUAACAAGUGAACAUCAAAAGGAAGUUAAAGCUAUUGAAUGGAGGCCAAACAGCGGGAAGAUGAUUGCAGUUGGCUGCAAGGGAGGUAUAUGCCUCUGGUCAGCAUCAUAUCCUGGCAAUGUUGCAUCCGUGAAAUCUGGUGUCACUUCUUCUUCCUUUGGUGCCUUCCCUAGAGGUUCUACUGGUCAGUGGAUUCUGGUGGAUGUUCUUCGUGGUUCUUCUACUGAGCUAGUUAGUGCACUUUGCUGGAAACCUGAUGGAAGAUACUUGGCCUCGGCCUCUUGUAAUGGCCAGUCAUUCACAAUUUGGGAUGUUUCUGAAGGGUUGGGAACUCCUAUACGACGCGGAUUAAGUAGCAUAUCGUUGGUGCGGUGGUCACCUAGUGGAGAUUACUUUUUGACUGCUAAAUUCGAUGGAACUUUUCACUUAUGGGAGACCAACACAUGGACGUCAGAACCCUGGUCUUCAUCCAAUGGAUAUGUAACUGGAGCAAACUGGGACCCUGAAGGCCGUGUUGCAUUGUUAUCCUUUUCUAACUCGACCACACUAGGUUCAGUUCACUUCUCAUCAAAGCCACCAUCUUUAGAUGCCCAUCUCUUACCAGUGGAGCUUCCAGAAAUUUCCUCUCUGAUUGUUAGUCGAGGCAUAGAGAAAUUAGCAUGGGAUGCUUCAGGAGAGCGCCUGGCAUUGUCAUUCAAAGAUGGUAAUGAAACAUAUCAGGGACUUGUUGCUGUCUAUGACGUGAGAAGAUCUCCGCUUGUGUCAGUUUCGCUGGUUGGAUUCAUCAGAGGACCUGGAGAGGGCGUGAAGGCACUCGCGUUCGCCUUCCACAACAAAUUCAAGCAAGGACCGCUGCUUUCUGUGUGCUGGAGCAGCGGCUGGUGUUGCACAUACCCUCUGAUACUCCGCUCCCAUUAAGUAUCUGCUGGAUACUCGUGUGGCUUUUGGCUCUCCGAGACCUGUUUCUGAUUUCCUCUUUCCAGGCAAUAUAUGUAUACUCUUUCGCUGGUCGUAAUGGGAGUUUAGCUGGUCAUAACGGGAGUAUCAUAGGCGGUAUCAUGCAUGCCACCUAGACUUUAUUGAUGAUGUGGCACACAAUUAAAUGAUGAAAGAGAUGAUGUGCUAUCAUGAUAUGAUACCGUAUCAUAUUAAGGGACUGUUUGGUUUGA